CUUGCGAACACCGGACCUUUGAACGGACAGUGAUCGGAGUUCAGUUUUUUUCUCACUCGAGGGAAAUAAUUCCCAUUGGCUCAUGGCAAGAAGAGCCUGAAGUCGAAAAAAGCGGUCCCCUGGUUCUUGAAGUAAUGUUGCCCCCAGUGCUUUGCGGGAAUUUGGUGAAAGCUGUUGUGUAAGAACAUUGCGGACAGCAGUCCAUCGUUGGGUGGGGAGUCCACUCGCCUCAGAUCUCGAAACCGUGGGGGCGCCAACCGAACACUUCAAGAACCGGACUUGUCAGUGUCACUUUUUAUUUGUUAGGCUAGUGUCGCCGGUGGUGAGAAGCUUGCUGUUAUAAGGUCUGUGGUUCUCGGUGGAUGUAACAUCUCCUUGAACUGGUUCGUCUUGAAGAUGAUCAGCUCCGAUGUAUCCGCGGAAGAACAGUUGACAUUGUGGAUGACCGUCCAAUCCCAGGUUUUACUCAUCAUCUGAACUACAGAGAGCAGCAUGUCGAACCAGGCUGAUAGACAGGAACGUAUAUGUCCGGCAGCUGGGCGGUAAGCUCCCGUGGGUCAUGGCUGACUGACGGAGGUUGCUGUCAAUGUGGGCAUUGGUGGGAUCCGGCGCCGGAACCUUCAAGUUCGUCCAAAUGCGCGCGGCGGGUCAAUGUCUGCGGUUGUCUGUGCCGUGCUUCCCCCAAGCGGCACCUUGGGGGGCACUGGUGUUUCGAAACCAACAAGCUGAUGAAUCCGAAGCAGUAUGUGUCGGGCUAAGAAAAGGAUGUAUGUAGGGUCUGCUUUGGCUCGAGGAUUCCCAACAAAAACCGGGACCUUGCUCUCAAUGAGAAGCUACACAGUCGAGAUGCCCCGAGCGACGGUGGGAUUUGUCACUCAGUCCAGCCGCCCAGUUGAUUCCCACGCGAUGGCGGAUCGUGGAACAGAAGCCAAGUCCCCACGGUCCCCCAAGCUCCAAGCUCCGGGGCGGCGAAACCGAUAGCUUCAUCAGACGACUGGGAGGAUCUGAUAAAAAUACAAAGGCACCUCCUGGGUUGUCCCCUCCUUCUGGGGCCAGGCAAGGGAGCACAUCCCAGUCAUUGGGGGCAACCUGGAAGCUUCCCAGUGUCCAAGGGCUCAGAAGAAGAGGUAUGACGGGAGGAGGUGGCACGUUACGGGCAUUUUCAUUUCAGUUGGGUCGUGAGGCGGUCAUGGUCAUGGUCGAGGUAACUGCCUGAGUAAGCCCCACGUCAAAUUAUCCGCUGUUUGGGAGUCUCCCGUCAGGCCAAGCUGCCCGCUGUCCCGCUGUCCUCUGUCCGCUGCACGCACUUGAACAAUGACCCUCCCCCUCCGACCUCGAAAGCUCGGGUCCUCUUAAAAGUUUCGUCAUUCAGUCCGCCAUUUCUCCCCUCCCUCUCUGACUUUCUCCAUAACAAAUCCCCCUGGCUGAGGAUUACUCCCUUCCAUCAAUUCUGCUCCGGACAGCACCUCUACAACUUCACCUUUUGCAUCUUGACCGUUCCCCCUGUCGCAGAUUUCCUUCACAAUGUCUGGCGCUGUCGCCCGCCUGGCGAAUAUCAACGUCGGCGGCGUUGUGAACGCUGCUGGCUCCCUCCUUAACCUCCAAUCCCAAAGAAAUGCUAACAGUGAUGAUGGUGGAAGUGCUGAUCUCGGCCUCAUCGGCCUGGCCGUCAUGGGCCAGAACUUGAUUCUGAACAUGGCCGACCAUGGCUUCACCGUUUGCGCUUUCAACCGUACCGUUUCCAAGGUCGACCGCUUCCUUGCCAACGAGGCCAAGGGCAAGAGCAUUGUCGGCGCUCACUCUACCGAGGAGUUCGUUAAGAAGCUCAAGAGCCCCCGCCGCAUCAUGCUUCUCGUCCAGGCCGGCAAGGCUGUCGAUGACUGGAUCGAGACCCUCCUUCCCCUUCUCGAGGCUGGUGACAUCAUCAUCGAUGGCGGUAACUCACAUUUCCCCGACUCCAACCGGAGAACAAAGUACCUUGCCUCCAAGGGUCUCCGCUUCGUCGGUGCCGGUGUCUCCGGUGGUGAGGAGGGUGCCCGCUACGGCCCCUCCAUCAUGCCCGGUGGUGAUGAGUCAGCCUGGCCCUUCAUCAAGGACAUCUUCCAGAGCAUUGCUGCCAAGAGCGGUGGUGAGGCUUGCUGUGAGUGGGUUGGUGACGAGGGUGCUGGUCACUACGUCAAGAUGGUGCACAACGGUAUCGAGUACGGUGACAUGCAGUUGAUCUGUGAGGCGUACGAUAUCAUGAAGCGCGGUCUCGGCAUGUCUAGCAAGGAGAUUGGUGACACCUUCACCAAGUGGAACAACGGUGUCCUCGACUCUUUCCUGAUCGAGAUCACCAAGGACAUCAUGUACUUCAACGAUGAGGAUGGCAAGCCUCUCGUCGAGAAGAUCCUCGACAAGGCCGGCCAGAAGGGUACCGGCAAGUGGACUGCUGUCAACGCCCUGGAUUUGGGCAUGCCCGUCACCCUCAUUGCCGAGUCUGUGCUCGCUCGCUGCCUGUCUGGCAUCAAAGAGGAGCGUGUCAAGGCUUCCACCAAGCUCGAGUUUGUUGGCCGUGCCACCACCUUCGAGGGUAACAAGGAGCAGUUCCUCGAGGACCUCGAGCAGGCCCUCUAUGCCUCCAAGAUCAUCUCCUACGCCCAAGGCUUUAUGCUCAUGCAGGAGGCGGCCAAGGAGUACGGCUGGAAGCUCAACAAGCCCUCCAUUGCCCUCAUGUGGCGUGGUGGCUGUAUUAUCCGCUCCGUCUUCCUCAAGGACAUCACCGCCGCCUAUCGCAACAACCCCGACCUUGAGAACCUCCUCUUUGACGACUUCUUCAACAAGGCCAUCCACAAGGCUCAGCCCGGCUGGAGAGACGUCGUCUCCAAGGCCUCGCUCCUUGGUCUCCCCAUCCCCUCUUUCUCCACUGCCCUGUCGUGGUUUGAUGGCUACAGAACCAAAGACCUGCCCGCCAACCUCCUCCAGGCUCAGCGUGAUUACUUCGGUGCCCACACCUUCAGAAUCAAGCCCGAGGCUGCCACGGCCAAGUACCCCGAGGGGCAAGAUAUCCACGUCAACUGGACCGGCAGAGGAGGCAACGUCUCUGCUUCUACUUACCAAGCAUAA